AUGGAGAACAGUCGGUUAGCACUCCCAAGUCUAGACGUGGCCACGCUACCCGGCUACACGGGUCCCAGAAUAUCAGCCUGCUGGACUCUUCGCGAUAGUGGCGGGAACAGUGAAGACUCGUUAGACCGGCUCCUUCCCCCUGUGAACGCUCCUCGUAGGAAAAGCACGACUCUGGGUAAAACAGAGCCGUCCUUGCUCCGCACGGGCACGCGCACCAUCUACACGGCUGGCAGACCGCCCUGGUAUGAUGAACACGGAGCGCAAUCCAAGGAAGCUUUUGUUAUUGGGUUGUGUGGUGGUAGUGCCUCAGGAAAAACAACAGUGGCCAAUAAGAUCAUUGAGGCCCUUAAUGUACCGUGGGUAGUUCUUUUGUCCAUGGACUCCUUUUACAAGGUGCUGUCUCCAGAGGAGCAAGUCUUGGCUGCUAAUAAUGACUAUAAUUUUGACCAUCCUGGGGCCUUUGACAUUGAACUGCUUGUUACCACUCUAAGGAAACUCAAGCAGGGCAAGAGCGUAAAAAUCCCCGUGUACGACUUCACGACACAUGGCCGGCAGAAGGACUGGAAAACGGUCUACGGUGCCAGUGUCAUCAUCUUUGAAGGAAUCAUGUCUUUUGCAGACAAAGAACUUCUGGAACUUCUAGACAUGAAGAUUUUCGUAGACACAGACUCUGACAUCCGUCUGGUACGGAGGCUACGGAGGGACAUUACGGAGCGUGGCCGGGAUAUCGAGGGUGUCAUCAAGCAGUACAACAAGUUUGUGAAGCCCGCCUUUGAGCAGUACAUUGAGCCGACCAUGCGAUUGGCUGAUAUUGUGGUGCCACGCGGUGGGGGUAACAUGGUGGCCAUUGACCUUAUUGUGCAGCACGUUCACAGUCAACUGGAAGAGCGUGAACUCAGUGUCAGGGCAGUCCUGGCUUCAGCUCAGCAAACUCAGCCCCUCCCUCAGACCCUCAGCGUGUUAGAGAGUACGCCCCAGGUCCGCGGUCUCCACACCAUCAUCAGAAACAAAGACACCAGUCGGGACGAGUUUAUCUUCUACUCCAAGAGGCUGAUGCGUCUGCUUAUCGAACACGCUCUGUCCUUCCUGCCCUCCCAGAAGUGUACUGUACAGACGCCCCAGGGCCACGAAUAUGAGGGCCAGCGUUACCACGGUAAAGGGAUGACAGGGGUAUCGAUUCUACGGGCUGGAGAGACUAUGGAGCCUGCACUUAGAGCUGUAUGUAAGGACGUCCGCAUCGGGAAAAUCCUCAUCCAGACAAAUCUAGACUCCGGAGAACCAGAGCUGCACUACCUGCGCCUGCCCAAAGACAUUAGUGAGGAUCAUGUGAUUUUGAUGGACAGCACCGUUUCCACGGGAGCCGCCGCCAUGAUGGCAGUGCGAGUUCUGCUGGACCACGACGUUCAAGAAGACAAGAUCCUGCUGGUGUCUCUGCUGAUGGCCGAACUGGGGGUCCACUCCGUGGCCUACGCUUUCCCCAAAGUCAAAAUCAUCACCACCGCCGUGGACAAGAGCGUGGACGACUUCCUGCAGGUCGUGCCGGGGAUAGGGGACUUCGGCGAUCGUUACUUCGGGACGGACGGGACCUCGGCGUGGAGCGAUGAAGAGGGGCAGGGACGGCCCGGUCACUGA